UAAUUGGGUCGGAGAAUGAAUCCGAAUGACUGAUCGGGAUUCAUUUUUAAGCACAGAUCUAUCUGACUUAUGAUUUUAGGUUCAUUUAACCGCAUUUAACGUAUUCGAUACGGAAAUAAGAGCAGCAAUCAUGCUAUCCAGUUCAGAAAAAAAACGCAAAUUUUGCCACAUUUGCUAUCUGGCCAGCUAUCGAAUGAAGCAGUUUUUGUGCAUACACUCUGUCGUUGUGACCCAUUGAAAAUGUCCGAGCAAACGGGACCGUUGACUGAAAUAAGAAAUUUCACGGAGUUCCUAGAGCAACAUCUGAACCGAAAAGUGUUGGAAUAUUCGUUGAAGGCACUAACCAAACCUGGCGACAAUUUUGGAGCAGUGGUUCAAUCGGUUGAUGUGAAAGUGGCUGGAAAUGAUCUUUCUGAUGAACCCGAACAUUUACAUGUGGUGGUUAAAACACCGGUUACAAGCCCAUAUUUAGCCGAACUGUUCAAACCGGCAAUUUCCUUUGUAAAAGAAGUUCGGUUUUAUUCGGAUAUUAUUCCAGCUGUGAAACAGUUUGAACAAACAACAAAUGUUCCAGAAGAUGAGAGAUUGGAUGCUUUUAUUCAAAGUUUGGGAUGGAGAAUUUCUUUAGAUCCCAGUGCACAAAGUGCCGAUUCAGAUGCCGUUCUACUGUUGGAGAAUGUGAAACUUCAGAAUUUUGCUAACGGCGAUAAAUCCAUUGGUUUUGGUAGAGAUGAAGCCAUGGCCACUUUGAAAGCUUUGGCCAAGUUUCAUGCGCUGUGUAUUGCAAUGCGGCGAUUACAACCGGAAUUAUUCAACACUAAAGUGAAUCCGUAUUUGCUGCCGCUCGACGCAACUACAAAAAAUGACAAGCAAUUUGAGAGUAUCUACCGUGAAUUGCGUCUUCUUGAUGGUCUUUCUCCGGAAAUGCGAAAUAAAAUUGAAAAUGUCACGAGAAACGGAAAAGAAUACAAUGAAAUCCUAACUCGUGCUCCUGACUCGCCAUAUACAACGGUUGUUCAUAAAGAUUUGUGGAUAAAUAAUAUUAUGACCAAAAGAGAUGCCACACCAACGAAAGUGAAAAUUUAUGACUUCCAAUCUUUCUACUUUGAAUCUUUUAUGCAUGAUUUGAUUUUCUUUUUAUUCACGAGCGUCCAAAAUAGUGAUUUGAAAAGCAAUUUCAAAUCAUUGAUCGAUCACUAUUUGGCGGAAUUCAGAAAAACUAUGGAUUUUUUUAAAUGUCCGUUGGAUGAUUAUACUUCGGAAAAGAUGUGGAGUGAAAUACGAGACAAGGCCCAUAUCUUACUGUUUCGCUUGCUAAUUAGGGCCAAAGUUACAAAGGCGAACCACGAUUCAACGCCACAACUGCAUGAAGUGAAUAAGCGGAAUUCCCCCAUGGAGAGGCCGGCGUCCAAAGUUGUCCUAGAUCAAUGGAAGUUCAUCAUUGAUAUGUUCAUUGAAAAUGCAUUCAUUUAAUUUUCAAUGAUCAAAUUAAAUUGGCAAACGGAAAUAGACUUUAUUAGUUUCUAUAAAUGUUGAACUUGAUUUUUUUUUGAAUAAAAAAUAAUUGCAUCAAAUAAAA